AGUCACCUCUUAGUCGUUUCGAUCACCUCUGCCGUUCACUCCCCGCCAAUGGCGCCCCCGGCGUCGUCCUUGCUCCGUGACCUCCUCAGCGCUGACGGCUUCAAGAACCGCCGCAAGCCGCCUGACAACUCCGCCCCGGCGGCCUCAAGAGCCGUGAGCAUGCCCCUCCAGCACCGGCGCCCGGGCAAGCCCGCUCGGUCGCAGUCCGACGUGCUCACCCGCAGCCGGCUGAGGGACAUGAACGGCGAUGCCAACGGUGGCAGCAGGGACGAUGCCGGUAUCGAGCGCGCCGCGACCGCGACGCGGAGGUCUUCGGCGUCGCUGACGAGCGCGAGAAGCUACAGCAACAAUGGCAACAGCGAUAGAGGCGGCGCCAGGAGGGGUUCUGGCCCUUCUACCGCGAUACCAGCCCUCGAUGAGUCCGCGCUCAACGCGCUAAUCUCCCUUGCCGCGGGAGCCGUGAAGCGGUUCGUGAAGGACGAGGGCUUCCGCGCGUCGCUGCGCGCCGGCUGCACCUCCUGCCUCGGCGAGUCCAACCACCGCGCCGUCCUGGACCUCCGCGUGCUCGCACAGACCAUCGAGAGGGCCUCGAGGGAGGCCCUCGACCCACGCGACCUGAAGCGCGCUUCCCUCAAGCUCCACGAGAUGGCGUCACUCGACCCCAAGGACGCGGACGCGGUGACCGCGGCCGGCGUCCCGUACCAGCGCCUCGCUGCGUGCGCGCACCUCUACAUGUCCGUCGUCUCCAAGCUGCAGAAGAGGGACCACUCCGCCGCGGUGCACGUCCUGGAGGCCUUCUGCCUGGCCCCGCACGAGGCGCGCACGGUCCUGCUGCCCGCGCUCUGGGACAGGCUCUUCCGCUCGGGCCUCUCGCACCUCAGGGCGUGGCGAGACCGGGAGACUGCGGCGGUGAGCUCGGAUGAAAGGGUGAAGGAGGUGGAGAAGAUGUUCGUUGAUGUAUUGGACAGUGGAACACGUGCGCUCGCGUGCUACUACAGAGACUGGCUGCUGGGGCGCACAGAUGCCAUGGCUCUCCCAGAUGUUCUUGCUCCUCCGAGCACCGUUCAUGCCAGCACGCUGAGGUGCUCAGCGUCGACGUCGUAUGACAUCAGUUCGGAUGUCGUGUUUAGCUCCGGCAGUCUGAGUCCUGCCAAUUUUUUGCACGACGACACGAUGCGACAGUCUGAGGAGGUCGAGGAGGAAGAACAGGUGUAUGGCCAAACGGCAGACACAGAGAACGUGCUCCAGGAGUGCGAUGACAGUGAAGCAAGGAGCUACACUCCCAAGCUGCAGGCUGAACAAAACGUGCCCAUGCCUAACAAGUUAGGCAAAGAGACCUCUGAACCACAGGUUGAAGAUGAGCCUAGCAAGGAAUCAGAUGUUUCAACAAGUUACCCGCUGAUUUCUGACAUCUCAGCUAUCGACCUUCUUACACUCGAGUUCUGUGAAGGGCCACUCCAGAGUGACACAGAUGGUGACCAGCUCUCCAUUUUCGCCACCGUUCCCAUUGAUUUCCUCUGUCCACUGACGAGGCAGAUCUUCAACCGUCCUGUGACAAUUGAGACAGGCCAGACGUUCGAGCGGCACGCUAUAAUGCAGUGGUUAGAUAGAGGCUUCAGGAUGUGCCCGGUUACAGGUCAAGAACUCGAGAGCUUGUCAGUUCCAGACACAAACCGUGUGCUCAAACGCUUGAUCGAUAACUGGAAGUCCGAACACUGCAAGAACCUGAUUUCUGAAAGCACUAAGCUUGAAGAGAAGUUGACUCUAACGGUCAUUGACAAGGUCCUUAGUUCAGCUCGCGUCAUGUCUGAAAAACUUGACAGGGGAAGGCACCUUAUGGCAAUCGGUGGUAUAGACUUUCUUCUGGAUACGUUUCAGGAAGGAGGAGAAGGCCAGAAGGCAUGGGCAUCUGAGCACUUGUUGUUUUGCGUCAGGGCUGAAGGCAGCUGCAGGAAUUACGUGGCAAUGAAGAUCAAUUGCUCAAGUGUUCUUCAGCUUCUGCACAGUGAAGUGUUUUCAACAAGGAGUACUGCAGUGUGUCUGCUAAUUGAACUGCUUUGCUUAAGAAGAAGGGAGAUGUUCGAAUUGCUCCUGCGUGGAUUGGGAACAGAGAAAAUCGUGGAGGCAAUGAAUGUGCUAAUCGAGCAUCUCCGAAGCUUGCCGAUGGAAGAACAAGCCCCAGUCGCUGUUCUCCUGUUACACUUUGAUACAUUGGUGGAGCCCCACAAAGACAGCAUGCACAGAGAAGAGGCUGCCAAGAUCAUCACACACUCUCUGAGAUGCUGCCUGUCCGAGGAGAAUGUCGCGCCGAACACUCGGAAAGCUCUGCUGUUGUUGGGAGGGCACUUCUCCUUCUCAGGCGACCUUCUUGCUGAGGAAUGGAUGCUGAAACAAGCCGGUUUCAUCAACGACUCACCUGUCACGCCGCUCAGUUCUGAUGCUGUCUUACAGUACAAGGAAACAACGGAAAACGAGGCAUGGCUGAGGCAUGUGACCGCGGUACUCCUCGGCAGCAACGUGAGAAGACAGUUCCUCGAGGCGCUGUCGAAGUGCCUGGGCUCCCCCAACGCCGACCUGGUGGGCGCGUGCCUGACGACGGCAGGGUGGCUGAGCUACUCGUUCGCGUCGCUCGACGCCACGGACAUGCAGCUGGCCGCGUUCUCGGCGCUCGUCCCGCGGCUGAAGCAGUGCAUGGCCACCGCCCGGCCGGCCCGGCACAGGGUCCUCGCCGCCGUGUCGUUGCACAACUUCAGCAGGAUCCCAGACUGCAGGGCCCUGCUGAUGCUGCUGGCUGACGGCCUGCGCGAUCACCUGGCCGAGCUCGCGGAGCUCACUUGGACGGCCGGUCAACUAUCUGCCGAACUCCGGGAAUGACAAUGGCUUGUGCAAGACUGCCCGCCGGCCGUCGGGAGCCGUAUAGAAGCCGCCGGGGCCUCUCACAAGUCACAUCCAUGCAAGGGGAUUCAGCGGAAGUGUAUGAAACGCGCUGCAUGUUUCGCUCAGAACCCUUUGAUUGAACUCCUGACUUGUUCUCUGAGAACGACAAAGGCUAUAUAGUACGGUCGUCAGUAGUAUGUUCUGUACGCUGUACAGUGCAGUAUCCUCUUUUAUCCAUUUUCUGCACAGAUAUAUGAUGAGGCGCCGGCUGUGA